AUGUCUGGAAGUUUGCCUGCUGAUAUGUGCAACAAUCUUCCUAAACGUGGAGUACUUUAUCUUUGUCGGAAUCAACGUAGCGGGCAAAUUCCAUCCAAUUUAUCCAAAUGCAGAGUGCUCCAAGGUUUAUCAUUGUCAUUCAAUGGCUUUAAAGGCAGCAUACCAAGAGAAAUCGGCAACCUGACUAUGCUCAAGGAGUUAUAUUUUGGUGGAAACAACUUGAAAGGAGAAAUGCCAUUGGAGAUAGGUAAUCUUCGACGUCUGGAAGUAAUGAGCUUAAGGAGUAACUCUCUAGCAGGGUCCAUCCCUUCUUCAAUCUUCAAGAUUUCUUCUUUGAGAAUAGUUGACUUAAGAAACAAUAGCAUGUCUGGAAGUUUGCCUGCUGAUAUGUGCAACAAUCUUCCUAAAGUAGGAGUACUUUAUCUUAGUCAGAAUCAACGUCGCAGGCAAAUUCCAUCCAAUUUAUCCAAAUGCAAAGUGCUCCAAGGUUUAUCAUUGUCAUUCAAUGGCUUUAAAGGCAGCAUACCAAGAGAAAUCGGCAACCUGACUAUGCUCAAGGAGUUAUAUUUUGGUGGAAACAACUUGAAAGGUGAAAUUCCAUCAGAGAUAGGUAACCUUCAAAUGUUUGGAAGUAAUGAGCUUAAGCAGUAG